AUGAAAACCCUCGUUGUUCUCAUAAGCCUUUUGGCCGUAGCUUGUGCUGAGUUGUCAGCAGAAACAACCACCGCCUACCACUACCACGAGAACGUUGGUAUUCACGAGGCAAUAAGGAUUAAACAGGCUGAAGCUGCUCUCGACUUCGAUGGUUCCAGAAUUGUUGGUGGUGUUCCUUCAAACUUGGGAGACAACCCGCACUUGGGUGGUCUUGUCAUUGCACUAACCAACGGCUGGACCUCGGUAUGUGGAUCAUCUCUCCUGUCCCACACUAAGGCUGUUACUGCAGCUCACUGCUGGUUCGAUGGAAGUAACCGGGCUCGUCAAUUCACUGUUGUCUUAGGGUCAGCGCGUUUGUUCUCUGGCGGUGUCCGCGUCAGUACUAGCAAUGUUGUAAUGCAUCCGGAUUGGACCCCGAGGACCGUUAGGAAUGAUGUUGCAGUAAUUACUUUAAGCCACGUCAACUACAACAAUUACAUUAGUAACAUUGCAUUGGCUUCUGGUAGCAAUCAAUACGUCGACCAAUGGGCCGAAGCUGCUGGAUACGGUGUAACUUCUGACUCACAACAAGGUAUCUCACAGAGCGCUAUCCAAAGCAAAGUGAGCCUACGUGUAAUCACCAACGAUGUGUGCAGAAGGACCUUCCCACGCAAUGUGUUUGACUCCACCAUUUGUGUCGAAACCUCCGGUGGUAGAAGCACAUGCGGUGGUGACUCUGGUGGUCCAUUAGCUAUUGGAAGUGGCAACUCAAGACUUUUGAUCGGUAUCACAUCAUUCGGUCACCGCGACGGAUGCCAGGCUGGUCGCCCUGCAGCCUUCGCCCGUGUUACGUCAUUCUACUCUUGGAUCCGCGGACGCAUGUAA